UUGGAGUCUCCAAUCGUACAUUUCCUUCCUUUCUGUUUUACUGCUUCAUGAUGGUCUUCUUCCUCUCUCAAUCUGACAAGCUUCACAUUUGGUCCGUUGCCUCUCUCUCUCUCUCUCACGAGUUUACUUGAUUGCUUUCAAGAAACCUCUGCUUUUCCUUACAAGACUUUAAAAAAAAAAAAUACUCGCUGAGUAAUUUCCUUUUCCUAUGAACCGAACAGAGGAUGAUUACUAGGCGUUGCUUUUGUAGCUCUGCCCCGAGGCCAUGGCUGUUUGUGGGUCUAGGCAACCCUGGUGAUAAAUAUAAAGGAACAAGACACAAUGUGGGUUUUGAGAUGAUCGACGCAUUUGCUAAAGCUCAAGGGAUAGAAAUGAAUACUCUUAAUUGCAAGGCUAUCUUUGGGCAAGGUUUUGUGGGUGAUGCACCACUUCUUCUUGCUAAGCCUCAAACUUACAUGAACUUGAGUGGUGAAUCUUCUGGAGCCCUAGCAGCUUAUUAUAAGCUACCACUUAAUCGAGUAAUUGUGUUUCAUGAUGACAUGGACUUACCAUGUGGAGUGCUUCGUCUUCAAGACAAAGGAGGUCAUGGAAGCCAUAAUGGGCUGAAGAGUGUAAUCUAUCAUUUUCGGGGAAACAGAGAGUUUGCACGGCUACGGAUUGGUAUUGGUAAGCCACCUGGUCAGAUGGAUCCUAAGGCAUUCUUGCUGCAAAAGUUUAAUGCAUCAGCUCGAGAACGAAUUGAUACUGCAUUGCAAGAGGGAGUUGAAGGAUUGAAGCUUCUUUUAUUAAAAGGGUUGACAGAGAGUGCUAGACGGUUCAACACUGAACAAAAGUACAAGCAUAUAAGACUGCAAACUGUGCCGACCUGAAGAACAUGGGCGCCAUCGUUGUAAGAUCAUUUCAAGGGAGCCCUGGUUGUAGAUUUGUGAGACAAUUUUUAAGUAAUCUAUUUUUGUUUGCUUGAAAAGAGAAAUGACUACGAAGCUAGCAAUGCAAUGCAAGUGAAAUGUGAUUGUAAUGAAUCAGAGUGAAUUUAAAACUUUGGUUACUUUA